GAAGGCGAGAGAAAGAGAGAGAGAGGCGUUAGCGAGGGCCGUUACCGGCCGCCGGGAAGGGGCCCAAACAUGGCGGAGGCGGGGGGAGAGCCGCGGGGGCCGAGGAGGGGAUUUACCCAUCACUGAGUCUCUGCUGUUUCCUCGCAUACAUUACCAUCAAUGCCCGGCCUGUGUGUAUAGGCUGCUGCUGAGAGGAGACCUCAGGAAGCUGUUGGAGGGCUUGGAGACAGGAGCGGAGGAUGACGCAGCAGGGAGCUGUUCUUCAGGGUUACAACAACGAGCUCGUCAAGUGUAUUGAAGACUUGUGUAUGCAAAAAGAGGAGCUGAACAAACAGAUCCAGCAAGCAGAAGAGGAAAAAAGUAAACUCCAGCAUGAAAUUCAAGUUCUGAAUGAACAGUUGGAGUGUGUGUGUGAAAACCUGGCUCAGAAGGUAGCUUCGCGAAAUGAGCUUGAUAAAAUUCUCGCUGAAACUGAAGCUGCUUACAUGAAGAUUUUGGAUAGUUCCAGAACUUUGCUUAAUGUCCUGAAGAAAGAAGUGGGAAGCUUAAAGCAUGCACCAGAACUGAAAAGUAAUGUAACCUGAAGCUGUCAAAUGUCUGGACUUGCCAGUUCUAAAACCCCACUAGGUGAGAUGUGGUCAGACACAGAACCCUACAACAGAAGUAUAAGCUGAGGGGGCUUUCUUCCAACCUUUCCACAUUUCCCAUGAUUUUUAAAUGCAUUAGAAAAACUGUAGAUAAAACAAAUGAAAUAAAGUUACUGUUUUC